AUCCGCCGGAGCCGCGCCUGUGCUCACCAUGUCGGCGAAGCAACAGAGACCUUCCGUCCUGGUCACGGACGCGCGAGAGAGGGCCGACCAGCGGCGAGCACCACGGCGCCCUGGCACGUCAUCCGGCGCCCCUGGACGGACACCGAUGCGGUUCAUGACGGUCGACAACAUCCUCCAGCACGAUUCCCAGAUCCCCUCGGGCCAGCCUCGCGGUCCGCCUGCUCCAGCACAAAGGCCGCAUACUUCCGGUGGGCUUCCUCCAGGCGCUCGGCGCGUAUCAGCUGGCGGCCUGCCGAAUCUUCCAUCUCGCACCGGCAAACCGAUGCCUUCGCGAACCACCAAGAUCAGCGAGAAACUUGUUCUACUCCCCGUAGCCGAAAACGAGGACGUAGAGGAACUCGAGGGCGAGGUAGCAACAAACCUGCACUUGCAGGACGAAGGCGGCCGGCCGCUAAGGGACGAGGAGCUGGAUGUGCUUCGGAAAAGGGGCGGUAUCCGCGGCAAGAGUUAUGCGGAACGACUGCCCAAGGCUCAGCGGACGGACAAGGUCAGCCGAUUAACUGCAUACUGCACGGCACAGGCGUUUAAGACGAAGGAGGCGGCGGAAUUUCUGAGGAAGAAGCACGAGGCCAAGACCAAGCUCUACGACGAUUGUCUUUACGCCAUCUAUGCUCUGCCGCUAAUGAACGGGAUCGAGGGCUACCGAGUACGUAGUCGACCGAUACUGAAGACGCCCGGGACGGGGAAAACCGUGCUGGACCUGGAAAUCGAACGUAGCGAGCAGCGAGAUCACCACUUGGGCUACUUUGAUCACAACUCGUUCAGCUCGGGCAAUGAGGACUCUGGAGAGAGCCAGAGAAGGGCGUCUGCCUUUGCAGAUCCUUCUUCACUGCCCGAAGACGGCCUGUUGUCUCCAAGGGAUUCUGAUCCUGCCGCCGACGACGGCCUUUCCUCCCAGAUGAACCGUCUUGCGCCGGACGCCAAACACUUUGCAGAAAUGUUCGUCUUUUCGUACGGAGUUGUUGUCUUUUGGAACUUUACGGAGCACCAGGAAAAGGAUAUCCUCGCAGACUUUACAUUUGCCGACGCCGAAGACGGCGUCAGUCUGCUCUCCGGGCCUCUGGAUCAGGGCGACUACGAGACGGAGGAGUUCCACUUUGAAUACAGCCGCGAUGUGCAGCGCCCGCGAAUCUUCAACGACAUGAUCACGCUGCUGCCUCGGUCCGACCACAUGAUCAAGCUAGCCAUUAGCCACGCAAUUGCGCAGAGCACCAAGCUGUGCUUUUUCGAGGAGAGAAUGAGCGAGACGAUGCUGGAUGCGCAGCAUGUCCCCAAGACGCUGGCCUUGACGGGGGAGCUGGGCAUGACACGACCUGAGAUUGUCAAGAUCAUGGGCCGACUAUUUAAGAACCGCGUGGAUAUAAAUCUAUCAUCGAAUAUCCUCGACGUGCCCAACUUCUUCUGGGACUCUGAGCCUACACUGCAUCCAUUAUACGAAGCGAUCCGCGAGUACCUCGAGAUUGACCUCCGCAUCAAAGUCCUCAACGAGCGCUGCCGCGUGUUCCUGGACCUCGCCGAGAUUCUCUCCGACUCGGACGCCGAUGCCAAGAUGAGCUACAUAACAUGGAUUAUCAUCGCGCUCAUCGUCCUCAGCAUCCUCGUCACUGUCACGGAGGUGGGCCUCCGCUUUGGCAUGCUCCAGAAGAACAAGCAAAACGACUCACCGCUGACGCAAUCUGCGAGCGGGUCGAUGACGCACCCUGCCCUGGCCUCGAGCGAUCUCGAGAUGCUUGCCCGCGCUCUGGGCUUGGAGGAGACUGCUUCAGUCGAGGACGUCAGGCGCGGCAUAUGGCAUCUGAGACAGGCAAGCAUCUCAGGAUUGCGGUAUGACGGGCAAAUGGAAGAGGUGGAUUGA